UUAAACAGAACACUACAGUGAUAGAUCGAUAAACAAAUAAAUUAUUAAAAAUAAAACCUCAACAUGGCUAUAACUACAAUCUUAUUGUACAUAUUAAUAGCUUUAGUCUCAUUGACAGUGUAUUUUAUUAAAAAACGUUUAAAUUACUGGCGAGAACAGGGUAUUGCCCAUAAUAAACCCAGCUUAAUUGCUGGAAAUUUGAAUGGCCUUCAAACCCAGCGCAGCAUAGCCGAUUGUAUACGUCAGACAUAUGAACAGUUCAAGGGCACUGGGCCUUUCUGUGGUUUCUAUUUCUUUCAAAGACCCGCCGUGGUAGUUCUGGAUACGGCCUUAGUGAAAAAUAUAUUGAUUAAGGAUUUUUCCAAUUUUACCAAUCGUGGUUUGUUUCACAAUGAAAAAGAUGAUCCCCUAACAGGGCAUUUAUUUCUGUUGGAUGGUGCAAAAUGGAAAAAUUUAAGACAUAAAUUAUCGCCCACCUUUACCUCAGGUAAAAUGAAAUUUAUGUAUCCCACAGUUAUACAAGUGGCCGAAAAGUUUGUUGAGGUUUUUAGCCAUUUAAGCCAAGGCAAUGCUGAGGUGGAGAUUAAGGAAUUGUUGGCGCGCUUUACUACAGAUGUCAUAGGCACCUGUGCCUUUGGCAUUGACUGCAAUAGUUUGCAGGAUCCCAAUGCUGAAUUUCGUUUAAUGGGCAAACGUUCUUUAAACAAACGUAGACAUGGCAAACUGUUGAUGGGUUUCAUACAAGGUUUUCCGGAAUUGGCCAAAAAAUUGCACAUGAAAAUGAUACCCGAAGAUGUUACGCAAUUCUUUAUGCGCAUUGUUAAGGAAACGGUGGCCUAUCGUGAGGCUCAUAAUAUAGAAAAUCAUGAUUUUUUAAGUAUUUUGAUAGACUUGAAAAAUGGCAAAGGGGGGGAAAAGGCGGUGAAAUUGAGUAUAGAAGAAAUGGCAGCCCAGGCGUUUGUGUUCUUUUUGGGAGGCUUUGAAACCUCCUCUUCAACCAUGGGCUUUGCUCUGUACGAACUGGCUCUAAAUCAAGAGAUGCAGCAAAAAAUGCGCCAAGAAAUAAAUGAAGCCUUUGAUGAAGAGGGUCAAAUAAACUAUGAGGCUUUACAUAAUUUACAGUAUGUAGGCCAGGUGAUAUCAGAAACCUUGCGCAAAUACACCAUUAUACCCCAUUUGAAUCGCCAGGCUUUGGCCGAUUAUGUGGUACCUGGUCAUCCCAAAUAUGUCAUUAAAAAAGAUAUGCCAGUUAUAAUACCCGCCUAUGGCAUGCAUCAUGAUCCCGACUUGUAUCCCGAUCCCGAAAAAUUCGAUCCAGAACGUUUUGAUGCCUCACAAGUCAAACAACGUGAUGCCAUAGAAUGGUUGGCUUUUGGCGAUGGUCCCCGCAAUUGUAUUGGCAUGCGUUUUGGUUUGAUGCAGACUCGAGUUGGUCUGAUUUAUCUACUGCGUAAUUUUAGGUUCUCUGUGUGUGAUAAGACUGAAGUGCCGUUGGAGUGGAAUAAGAAAUCAUUUAUAUUGUCUAGCAAAAAUGGUAUUAUCCUCAAGGUGGAAAAGGUUUGAGGAGGAAAUGUUUUAGAUAUAACCCCAUAUUUAUAAUCGGUUUUUAAUUUGUUUUAAUAAAUUUAAAAAAAUUGUUUAUGAACAAGGCCUUUACUCUAUAAUUUAGAUUUUGUUAUUGUGUUAUUUUAAUUGUUAAUAUGAGGAAACUACUAUUUAAUUACAUAUUUGGUUAAUUAUUUAUGUAUAGAAUACAAAAUAUUAAUAUUUCUUUCCAUAAGAUUUACAAUAAUUGUUAUACGCUAUUAUACUCUUUUCAAUAACUACCUUCUUAUCUUAGUAAACAAAUAAAAUAAUUGUUAAA